AUGUUGUUAAAAGAAACGCGUAAUCGAGUCAUUAAUAAAUUAACUACACAUUUUAUCGAUUCACCAAAGUUGAAUAAAAAUAAUAGCAUAGAUACAGAAGAUAAUCAAGGCAAUAAAUUUUAUUAUUUGUAUUGUGAUAAUAUCAAAGACCCAGGGAUCUCAUUUGACGAGAUACUAGAAGCCUAUCCCGAAAAUUCUAAAUUAAUUCAGGA